CAAGGCCCGGUGCCGCUGGAGCCGCCAAAGUGUCUAGACUGGCACAUGAUGGGCGCCAGCCAAUCGCGCCGCCGCUCGCGAGGGGGCCCCUGCGCGCGCGCCCCCCGGCCACACAAAAGCCAGCGGAGGGCCGGGCGCGAGCCAGCCGCGCGCAGGGGAGCGCGGGGGGACACCGCCGGAGACAGUCGAGUGGUGCCGAACCGAGCCGGACAGAACCGGACCCAGCCGGAUCGGACCCAGCCGAACCGCAGCAGAACCGCGUUGUUCUGUGCUCUGCGCCCCCGCCGCACCGGUCCCCCGCGCCGCUGGGAUACGUACAACUCACGUGUGCUGACACCGGCCUUGGCUCUGCCUUCUGCUGCUGGGUUUUGCGGGUUUUUGAUUGGUGUUGCUCAUUUUGGGGCUUUUUUCGUCCGUUUGCAUUUUACCGAUUUUUUACUUUUUUCUUUUUAAACCGGAUACCUCCCGAGCGCUGGUUCCCCACAGGGCUGCACCCGCCCUCCACCGGGGCGCUCCUGCCGCCCUCCCACCUUGUAUGGUGGGACCAGCAAGAGGCGCAGCCGAGCGCUGCCCCGGGCUCUCCCCGUCCCGCUCCUUCGCCGCUCCCCGCCUGGCCCCGCGUUGGCAGCCGAUGUAGGGCACGGCGCGGCGCGCCCGAGCCCCAGCGCCGCCACGGGAGCGGCCCCGCAGCCCCCGCGGCGCCGUCUAUGCCCGAGCCGCGCUCCCUCCCCGCCGCCUCCCCCAUGGUGCGGCCCCGCCGCGGGCCGUCGGCGAGUCGCUGGGCAGGACCGCGGAGAAACCGCCGGUGCUGCGGACAAGCCGCAAAGGCGGCGGGUCUGAGAUGAGAUAAAAGCAGCGGCGGCGGAGCCAGGAGCCCCGCGGAGGAGCGGGGCCGGGGGUUGGCGGCGGAGAGCGACGCGACCCCCGGCCGCCUGCCUGUCGUAUGUUCAGGUCCAAACGCUCAGGGCUGGUGCGGCGACUUUGGAGGAGCCGCGUCAUACCGGACAGAGACGGCGGAGAUGGGAGCGCCAGGAGCGGCCACGACCUCGGAGCCACCGGUACUUUCAAGAUCGCGGAGAAAAACCCUUCGGCGGAGAUCCGCGCGGUAGCGCGCAGCCUGCUGCGGGAGGCGGCGGGCGAGGCGGCGACCCGCGGGGACCCCAUGGCGGAGGAACGACGCGGGGCCCGGCUCCGCGCCCCGCCGCGGCGGGAGGGAGCCGAAGGGGCGAGCCCGCGGCGAGCUCAGGAGAGCGACGGGAGGACGGUGACCUGCUGCCUCUUCAAAGAGCGAGAAGCGGACGGCCCCCAGCCCUCCCCCGCCGCCGUCCUCCUCGAUCCCUCCAGCCUCGACGGCGCGACUGACGGCGGUUCCCCGGAGCGGCGGGGCCGGGAGGCGCGGUCGCGGUUGCUGCUGCUGGAGCAGGAAUUGAAGGCCGUCACCUACUCGCUGUUGAAGCGGCUGAAGGAGCGCUCGCUGGACAGCCUGCUGGAGGCGGUGGAGUCCCGCGGGGGCAUGCCCAGCGGCUGUGUGCUGGUGGCCCGCACCGAGGUGCGCCUGGGGGGCCAGGCGGCACCCCCACAUCUCCUCCUGGGCAAGCUUUUCCGCUGGCCUGACCUGCAGCACCCGGCCGAGCUGAAGCCCCUCUGCGAGUGCCAGAGCUUCGGUGUCGCCGACGGACCCACUGUGUGCUGCAACCCCUACCACUUCAGCCGCCUCUGUGGGCCAGAGUCUCCACCACCUCCCUACUCUCGGCUGUCUCCUAAUGAUGAGCAAAAGCCACUGGAUCUAUCAGAUUCCACGUUGUCCUACACUGAAACGGAGGCUACAAACUCUCCCAACAUCACACCCGGAGACUUCUCAGACGCCAGCACGUCACCCGAUGCCGUGAAGAGGAGCCAUUGGUGCAACGUGGCCUACUGGGAGCACCGGACGCGCGUCGGCCGCCUCUACACAGUGUACGAACAGUCUGUCAGUAUCUUCUAUGACCUACCUCAAGGAAACGGCUUCUGCCUCGGACAGCUAAACCUGGAGAACAGGAGCGAGACUGUGAGAAGGACUCGGAGUAAAAUCGGCUACGGGAUUUUACUGAGCAAAGAGCCGGACGGCGUCUGGGCCUACAACCGCAGCGAGCACCCCAUCUUCGUCAACUCCCCGACACUGGACAUCCCCAACUGUAGGACUCUGAUAGUGCGCAAGGUGAUGCCAGGCUACUCCAUCAAGGUGUUUGACUAUGAGAAGUCCUGCCUCUUGCAGCACACGGCCGAUCUGGAUUACACCGACGGGCCCUACGACCCCAACAGCGUCCGCAUCAGCUUCGCCAAGGGCUGGGGGCCGUGUUACUCCAGACAGUUCAUCACCUCCUGCCCGUGCUGGCUGGAGAUCCUCCUCAGCAACAAUCGAUAACGCUCAAGCCUCUGACAGCAUAAAAACAACAAAACAAAACAAAAGAAACUAAAAGACAAAAAGGAGAGGAGGGAAAAAAAAAAAAAAAUUACCAACCAACCCCCAACCCAGAGACACAAACUCUAUCCCAAAUAUCAUCUACCUAGAUUUAAUAUAAAGUUUUAUAUAUUAUAUGAAAAUAUAUAUUAUACUUGUAAUUAUGGAGUCAUUUUUACAAUGUAAUUAUUUAUGUACGGUGCAAUGUGUAUAUGGACAAAGAACAGAAAAUGCACUUUGGCUUAUAGAAUCCUUUCAAUACAGAUUUGUUUUGGUUGUUUUGUUUUGGUUUUUUGUUGGUUUUUUUUUUUUUUUAAGAAAAAGGAAAAAAAAAAUUAUACAGCAAAAAAAAGAAAAUAGGAGCAAAGUCCUAAUUUUUGAUGUAUGGUUUUUGGUUUUUGUUUUGUUUGGUUGGUUUUUUGUUUUGUUUUUUUUUUUAUUUGGAACUAUUAUUACUACCCAGACAAAAAAGCUAAUACCAGUCACUCAUUGAUAAUAAAGUAUUCACAUUAGAGGGGGGGAU